CUUUUCUUUUUUUUCAAACAAUGGAGAAAUUUCGUGAAAAAAUCAAUGCUGUUCGUGCUGAAGCUGAUGCUGCCAAAGCUCGUGUACUAGAAUUAGAAGAACAACUGAAACAGGUGGAACAAGAAAAGAUGCAACAAGAACAUGAGAUUAUUUCAUUGGCCAAUCGUAACAAGAAUUUGGAAGAAGAUGUAGAAACAUGUAGAGAAAAGAUUCAACAACUUAAGUCUUUGGAAGAGGAUGGGGAUGGUUUGAAAAAAGAUAACGAUGCUGCGCAACGUCGUAUCACUCUCUUAGAACAAGAAUUGGAAAAUUCGGAUAGAUCACUACGUGAAACAACUGCAAACUUCCGAGAAGCUGAUGUCAAGGCUGAACACUUUGAACGUAAGAAAUACCAUCCUGACAAGAACAAAUCUCCUGGGGCCGAAGAAAAGUUUAAAAUCAUCUCUGAAGCAUAUCAUAUUCUAUCAAAGGAUGACUUGAGGAAAAAAUAUGAUCAAUAUGGGCGUUACAAAGGACUUGAACCGCCUGAAGGAUUCCCUGAUCCUUAUAGAUUUUUCUCUCGAUUAUAUGGUGGUAAAUCAUUUCAAGAUAUUAUUGGCGAACUGAAUGUGGGCAUCUUCUUGCAACAAAGUAGCAAAUAUGGAGAAAAGGCACCAACAAAAACAGAACAGGAAAAAGAACAACUUCUCAUGUCUCAAGCGGAAAAGCAACAAAAAGAACGGGUGAAACUAUUAUCAGCACGAUUAAUAGAAAGACUUUCGAUUUUUGUGGAAGCAACUCAGCCUUCUUCCAAUCAAUUGACACAAGUAGAAGAACAAUAUCAAGAACACACAAAACCACUUAAACAGGAACCCUAUGGUAACGCUUUACUUCAUGUGGUAGGCCGGGUCUACAAGGUGAAAGCAAAGGAACAUAUUGGAGUCAAAAGUGGUGGAUUACCUGGGAUAUACUAUGCAAUAAAAGAAAAGAAGUAUAUUACAAAAGAAUUAUGGAAAACAGUCAAAAUCAAUAUGGAUGCACAAACAGCUAUGGAAAGUGCCAAAACUGCAUGCGAGCAAGACAGAGAUGAUAAACUGGAUUUGGAAGAACUGUCAAUAGAGAAGUCUUUUGAAGCUUUAUGGCAAAUGGUGAAGUUUGAAAUUGAUGCAACUCUACGAAAUGUGUGUGAUGUGGUACUUCAAGAUAAAUCAGUGGACUCUAAUGAACGAUCAAGGCGGGCGGAAGCUUUAUUAUUAUUAGGUACUAUUUAUUCAAACAAUGCUGAAAUAUCCAAAGCGGAAAACGACAUUGUUCAUUUAAUAUGAUGAUGAUGAUUAGUUUAUUUAUUUUAUAUUUUUACAUAUAUUAGUACCUAUUUUAUAUCAAUAAAAAUUUCAUUUUUUUUUUUUAUCUUUUGUCCGCAUGUGAAAUCGGAUGAAUC